AUGCUGAACAGAACCGCCGGUUCCCUCAGUCGUAAUGCGACGCCUCUCUCACCUGCUCUCCUCAAACUCGAACCCGAGCAGCGCGUCAGGCUCAUCAGGUCAGGCCAGAAAGUCGGUCGCGUCUUGGGUGCGGCGCCCGUCAUAGACAUUGUAUCGCCCACAACCACCUCGUUUGCUCCCCCAACAUCAGCAGGCAUUCGAUCUGCGAUCGCACAGCACUCUCCAAUCGCAUUUGUCAACACUGUGGUGUCCGGCGUGACUGCUCACGAACGUACGCCCAAAUCGCCCGUCGUGCACUUCACAAUCGGCGCUGCUACCCGUUUUGCCGGAAAGAAUGACCAGCCCGCUCGCCCUCGCCCGAUGAGGCCCACAGAUAGGACACUUCGUCGCAAGAACAUUCCUGCUGCGUUACCCUUGGGUCAGACACAACGUACUGAAGCGUUGCCUCUGUCUCCGUUCCGUUUUGGCACCCUGAAUAUGAGCAUGCCGCAUACCCCGUCCCUGUCGCCUCUUUCCCCGCUCUCGCCGUUUUCGCCCAUUACGACGGAUAAGCUGGAGCGAGCUAAGGUACAGAAACUGCAGAAGCUUGAGCAGCUUGCGCAGUGUGCGUCUGUGGGGCUCCCGCGGGAGCUGAUCUACCCCUCCUUCGGUCAAGUCGAGGAGAAGGCAGAAAAAGUCACGACCUUCCUGGACCUGUACAAGAUGCGCGCAGAGGACGACGGCGAUGCCCACCAAACGCGUUCGGCGUUCCGCACUGAAGAUGGCAGCUCUGGCGCCAAGAUCAUGUCCCGACCCGUGCAGCGCGAAAGCAGACGUAUGAGCCGGACAACGCUGAUGCCCAAACGCCGCAGCCGCUCUGUCGGGGACUUCCACAGCUUUGCAGACGUGCUCGAGAUCCGUAGUCCUCGUUUUGCUAUCCCGCACGAGCCACGCCUCAGCCGUCAGCUGCACUCGCCUGGCGUGAUGGCGCCCCCGCCCACUGCCGCUUCGCUGCACUGCGAUGUCAGCGGCGAUGCCCGGGUGGGCUCCCCCUCCGUCUACUCGCAGGCCUCCGCCGAAUCGGACGCGGCCGCGCUCGUCCCGUCGCCUCCUCCCAUCUGGCCCAAGUCGCCAAUGAGUCCAGGCAGGCAGCGGGCGCGGUCCGUCUCGCGCGCGAAGCAGAGCAUCAUCGGCACAGACGCGGUGCUCAUGGCCGCGUUCCGCACACGCUUCGGCACGCGCCCGCUCGACUUUGGCGUCGCGCCGUUCCCCGCGCCCACGGGGCCGCUCCCGUCGCCGCCCAUGUCGCCCUCGCUUCCAGACGUGCGCUCGCCCCGCGUGCCCUACUGGGUGCGCAGCUCCUUCCGCCCGCGCGACUCCCUCCUGGUGCUGCAGCGCGCCGAGGGCACGGGGGACCCGCCUGUGAACACCAAACGCGCGUCGCGCACGACGCUCCGCGCACGGCGCAUCGAGCGCAGGAUGGGUUGGGGUGGGCAGUGGAACCAGGGGAACUUGGCUGGGAUGAUCGAGUCUCUGAAGGAGCUGUGA